UGUUAUGUUAUGCAUUUCAUAUGCGAGGCCCUUAAAUUCGUGAUUUCAUCAAUAAAUUUCCUAACCUGAAAUUGUCAACUUUAACAUUAAUAUUAUUUAUCUCACUUCGUGAUACUUAUUUCUUAUAGUUUCAUUCGUUUCGUGCAAAAACGUAUCGAAAAUAUCUAAUUUCGAAAUUGAAGGUGAAUAAAAAUAUGUUGUUAAUGGCAUAUAAUUUAUGAUGUCAUCACUAUCAGUAGAUACAAUUACAUGUAGCAUAGCAAAAACGGUUAUAAACACAAAUAUUUUAAGACAGAUAGAAGAUGAUCUUGAUAUUGAUGAAAAACUUUCCAUGUUAUUCUUAAUAAUAGACAAUUACUCAAAUGGAUUUAACGAUAUUUUUAAACUUAUUCAAAUAAAAACAGAAAAUGCUUACAUAAUAGCGGAUUAUGUAAAAAAUCAUCCAGAAAAUUGGGAAGAGAAAAUCUUGGAAGCAUUAUGUAUUUUGAACAACCAAGAAGUGAUAAGGAAACUGAACAUAUCAUUCAGUGAUUUAGACUUACAAUACGUUCCAAAACACAGAUCAUAUUCGAGAAACAUAAAUGUAGUUGCAAAAUGUUUAUAUAGACUAUGUGAAUCUUUAAAUCAGAAUGAACAAGAACUAUUGUUGGACCAUGUAAAAUCUGAUGAAAAUUAUAAUCAUGAACAAAAAUUGGAUAAUGAAGAUUAUCUUGAAUUACAUAUGCUUUAUUGGAUACAUAUCGGAUAUAUAACAAUUUCAAAGGAUGGGACGUAUAAUAUGAAAAAUUUAUUAAAACAUUUGGAAACAUUUGAAGAUGGCCAUUUAAGAAUAAUUUGUAUGGACUUACAGAAAUUUGAGAAUAGUCUACAUGUUUCAGACAAUCGCAAAACUAUUGGAACAAAUGAUAAAAAUUACUUAACUUCUCCAGAAGAAUUAUCUUUUAUUGAAAGAUAUUGUCACGGAAAAAAGAUUAUUAAUAGUGGAUUGUGUAUCAUUAUAAAUCAGAUAAACUUUAAAAAAGAGUAUGAAACACGACACGGAACAAGAGCAGAUAGUAAUAAUUUAUCUGAAACAUUAAAAAUUUUUGGGUUCAAAGUCGAGACGCUUCAAGAUUUAAAGAAAAGCGAAAUAUUAGAAAAAAUAAGAAACAUUUCGAAAGACCAUGGUAAUGAGUAUGACUGUUUAUUUCUCUGUAUUUUGAGUCAUGGAUAUAAAGGAGGUAUAAUAUCAUCCGAUGAGAAAGAAGUUUCUUUGGAAGCAAUCGAAAGGGCUAUUUGUUGUAUGGAAUUGAGAAAUGUUAUAAAAAUUGUUAUUAUUCAAGCCUGUCAAGGAAAAACACGUGGAAAUACAGGUAAUACUUUUUUGACAACAGAUGGUUUACCUAAUUCUUUUGCACCUGUAGAAGAUAUACGCCAGUUUGCAAAUUUUUUUAUGUUUAUGUCGACGAUACAAGGUUUUUUGUCGAUACGUCAUAAAGAAGAAGAUAAAAAAUAUAGAUCUAUUUAUACAGAAUGUCUCUAAAAUCUGACUCGGUUUCUGAAUCUCAAAAAUGACUUUAAAUAUGGAAAAAUGUUUUAGACAAAAGUUAUAGAAUAUUAAGGAGGAUAAAUGAUAAAAAUAGUUUUAAGACUAGGCCAAUGUAAUCGAUGUUUUCUUAAAUAAAAUCCCCCAUUUUUUAUUACAUGUUUUUGUAACUCUUGUCGAGACGUUUUCAACACAUUACUUAUUUGUGUCUUUUGUCCAAGUCAUUCUAAGAUAUAAAAUAUGUGUGCGCGUGUGUGCGUGCGUGUAUAAGCAUAUGUAAGAGAGAAUUUUAACUGAAGAAACACAAAAUUGGCUCUUUUUAGAGCCAUUGCAUGAUAUACAAAUCCGAUCAAACAAUCUGCCUGCGAUAUACUGUACAUCAAGUAUUGCGACUCAUUUUUUUUAUAUGGGGAAAUUCUAAUAUAAAAAAUGGGUACCUCCUUUUGCUCCCUCUCGGGACGAAAAGGGAAAUUAUGCCGGAAUUUUAGGAUUGGUUUAUAAUAGCCGUUACUGUAAGAAAUUUAUCAAUAGUUGAUUAUUCUUCAAUAAAUCAAUUAUGAUUGGCCAAUUUUGUACGAUUACGAUUGUUAUAAACCAACUUUUGCCAGUUAAAAUUCCAUGGUGGUCCAACCUAAAAGGACGAGAGGACGCCCCGAUAUUGCAAGCAUUUUAAACAAUAGGUACCCCCGAGCCCCGGCUAUCCCCUCCCCCCAAGGGGGAGUUUUAUCCCAGUAAUAUCCGGAAGCCGAUGCGGGACUACCACGCAACGGUCUUCCCUACUCGCGAGUUGCGUGCAAUGUUGGUGGGCGACCCCGCGUCCAUCCCCUGGGCUACGUUGGAAAAUGUCCUUUGCCAGAUGCAAGUGAGGUGAUUUGGUGAUACAAUGGUGAGGUAAUUGCAAACUCAGGGAAGGGUUAGUUUUUGAACGACUUCAUAAGCAGUCCUUUUGGUGGGGACUGCGUGGCAACCAUUUUAACCUGUAAUGCUUAUCUGUGCUUGUAAGUUCAUAUUUUAAAAAAUUGUUUAAUAAAAUCUUGACUAAAAGUGAGAAAUUCAGAACAAGAAAACCUAUAAAUGAAUAUAUAAUUCAUUACAAUAUAUUCGCUCAGGAUCUCUAAUUCUGAUUUUCUUAUAACUAAUUGUAACUUUCUUAAAAAUUUUUUUUAAUACAAACUUACAAACCCGAGACUGCAAACAAAUAUAGAUAAAAACAAAA